UUAAAAAGUAUUGGUGUCCUCUUUAUAUGUGAGUGUCUAAGAUCACCAUAARUUAAUUGACUGAUCACUCAUUGAUAUGAGUCGACGAAACAAACACCAAAACUAUGUCAUUUGGCACAACCGGCCGACAGCUCACAUCUCAUGCCUUUAUCCCGAGAUAUUGGCCCUCAUUUUCGGCUAUCUCGACGUCAGAGACAAGGGUAGUGCCGCACAAGUGUGUCGGACGUGGAGGGAUGCCUGUUAUCAUAAGUCAGUCUGGAAGGGUGUCGAGGCUAAGAUACAUCUGAGACAAUGUGAACAAAGACGUUGUGAAUGUCCAUUGAAUAGUCAUCUGCAUAACGCACUCUUCGAGAGUCUGGUCACUCGAGGCAUCAAAAAAAUACAGAUAUUAAGCAUACGUCGAUCGGUACGAGAAGUGGUCAACGGAGUGCCAAACCUCGAAAGUCUUAAUCUUAUCGGUUGUUAUAAUUUGACGGACGAGUGGCUGACCAAUGCAUUGCAACGUCCCGUCGAUACACUAACUGAGCUCAACCUAAGUAUGUGUAAACCAAUUACUGACGACAGUCUCGAUAAGAUCAGUCAGUUCUUGAGGAACUUAGAAACACUGGACUUGAGUGGCUGUUCCAACAUAACCAAUGCAGGACUUCUUCAUCUAUCAAAAUCACUAAAACGCCUCAAAUACCUCAACCUCCGGAGCUGUCGAAAUAUAUCGGACACCGGCAUCGGUCACAUCUCUGGUAGCACUCAACAAACAGAGUCGAUAGGCGCCGGUAUCUUAACACUUGAGUUCCUCGGUUUACAGGACUGUCAAAAAAUUUGUGACGACUCUCUGCGAUACAUCGCUUCAAAACUACAUAAACUGAAAUCAAUAAAUUUGAGUUUCUGUUCGACGAUCACCGACUAUGGUCUCAAACAUUUGUCGUCGAUGUUCAGCCUAAGGGAAAUCAAUUUAAGAAGUUGUGACAACAUCACAGACACAGGUCUCGCUCAUCUAUGCGAUGGUACGGCUCGUCAGCUACAAGUGCUUGACGUGAGUUUUAGUAGUGAUAAGAUUGGUGACCAGGGAUUAGUGCAUAUCUCACAAAAACUGAUUCAUCUAAAGAGCCUGAGUCUUAACGCGUGUUCGGGUGUGACCGAUGAAGGUCUCAUAAAAAUUGCGCGGACACUGACCGGUUUACAAGUGCUCAACUUAGGCCAGUGCAACAAAGUUACUGACAAAGGUCUGUGCGCUGUUGGCCAGCAUUUAGUCAAUUUAACACACAUUGAUCUCUACGGCUGUUCCCGAAUAACGACUGUCGGACUCGAAAAGAUAAUGCAAUUACCAAAUCUUAAUCUAAAUCUAAUGUUAUGGCAAAAGCAUCAACAGAUCACCAGCCAGUCAUCUAAUCAGUGUUAAGAGACUCAUAAAUUUUGAUUAUUGAUUAUUGUUUGUUUGUUUUAUUAUAUAUAUGAUAAUAAUUGUAAUUAAACGAAAACAACAUACUAAUAACAAUAAGUAAUAAAAAAAUAUAAUUAAGUUUAAUUAUAAUGAAAU